GUCACUUAAAAAUUUUGUUUACUAAAUAAGCGGCAUAUGUUAUUGAGAGAACUUUUUCUUAAUUAAUUAAAACAACGAAGAAAAUCACAAGCCAUGCAGCGUGGUAAAAUAUCCUUCGGGAAGAUCCAGCUGAACGUGAACAAGACACCCGCCGAGCCGGAGUCAAACGAAACCGCCAAGAGAGAUGAAAAGGAAUCCCCUAAUACCAGUGGAGGGUUCAAGAAGAUGGACAAGCAACAGAUGAUCAGCCAAAUUGAAGAUGUGGUCGUAGAUCUGGAGAGCCAGCACCUUAAGGAGGUGAUGGGCAUCAGCGGAUUUGGGCGCAAGGCGGCCAAAGUAUUCGACAUUAACGAGCAGAUCGAAAAAGCUAGGAUAACCCGACCGGGACUAGACAAGAAAAAGGAAGAAGCAAAGUUGGAGGAAAAUGAAAAGGGGAAUGAGGUAGAGGUGGAAGACGUAAUCGGUCCUUUGCCACCAAAUGCAGAGGAAGAGAAGGGAAAGUCCACGGAGGCGGCUUCCAACGUCGAAGGUUCCGAUGAUGACUCCUCCGAUGAGGAUUCCGACGACGAGCAGAGCUUGGCAAAGAGGAUUCCCUACACACACGAAGUGCAGAUGCAGCACGGAUCUCGGGCAGUCCUGGCCCUGGCUGGCGAUCCUUCGGGAGCCCGCUUGGUUUCCGGAUCCAUAGACUACGACAUGUGUUUCUGGGACUUUGCCGGCAUGGACUCGGGCAUGCGCAGCUUUCGGCAGCUACAGCCGUGCGAGAAUCAUCCAAUACGUUCUCUCCAGUACUCCGUGACCGGCGACAUGAUCCUGGUCAUAUCGGGAAACGCACAGGCCAAAGUGCUUGACCGCGAUGGCUUCGAAAAAUUGGAGUGCUGCAAAGGCGACCAGUACAUUUCUGAUAUGUCACGCACCAAGGGGCACGUGGCGCAGCUGACCUCGGGCUGCUGGCACCCCUUCAACAGGGAGCAGUUUCUAACCGCGGCUCUAGACGGCACCCUGCGCAUCUGGCAGGGACUAAGGAGCAAGGAGCAGGUGCAAGUGAUUAAGACCAGAGCGCAGGGAGGUCUUCGCACGAACGCCGCCUCGUGCAACUUCAACAGGGACGCGACACUCAUAGCGGCUGGAUGCGUGGACGGAUCGAUCCAGACUUGGGACACACGUAAGAUGUAUGUGAACACAACGCACUGCGUUAGAGAGGCUCACCAGAAGGGCACAGAAAUCACCUCCAUUGUGUUCUCGUACAUGGGACAGCAACUGGCCACGCGGAGUAAUGACGAGACCAUGAAGCUAUGGGAUCUACGGCAAUUCAAGAAGCCCCUGCACACCUGGACAAAUCUGUUUUCCCGCUACGACACCACAGACUGCUGCUUCAGUCCGGACGAUCGGAUGCUGGUCACUGGAGAAUCGCUGCCCAAGGGCCAGGCCGAGGCCAAUCUAUAUUUCUACAGCACAAAGAGCUACGAGGAAGUGCAGCGAAUACCCGUGUCCAACUCGCACGUUAUUAAGACUCUGUGGCACCCCAAACUCAGUCAGCUGUUCGUAAGCUGCGGCAAUGGAACCAUUAAGUGCUAUUACGAUGAGCAGCGCAGCAUCCGAGGCGCCAAGUUGUGCGUGGUGAAGACGCAUCGCAAGCGGCAGCCCAUGGAAAUGGUGGGAGUCUCCCAGAUCAUUACUCCACACGCCCUGCCCUUGUUUCGACAGGAAAAGUCGCGCACCUCGCGCAAGCGCAUGGAGAAGGCGCGUAUGGAUCCUGUAAAGUCCAAGCGGCCGGACUUGCCCAUCACCAGUGGACAGGGUGGCCGCGUGGCUAGCUCCGGAGGCACUCUCUCCUCUUAUGUUAUCCGCAACCUUGGCCUUAGCAAGCGUGUGGAUGACGACCAGGAUCCUAGGGAGGCCAUUCUGAAAUACGCCAAGGACGCAGCUGAGAAUCCGUACUGGAUAGCCCCGGCCUACAAGCAGACUCAGCCGAAGGCCAUAUUCUCUGAGAAACUGCCCGCAGACGAGCCGACCACCAAGAAGCCCAAGACGGAGGCGGAAAAAUAGGUAUUUAGGUAAAUUAUAGAUGCCAAGAAACAGAAAUAAACUCGUUGCCGUUA